GUCCAUCUCGGAUCGGCGGCAGCGAAGAAUCUUCUUAUAAAGCUUCGAGUUGGCCGCUGGGCUGGAGUAGGAUUGGGAAGGUUACCAGUUCAAGUGUUUUCACUUUCUAUCGUGGAGUGCAUGAAUUGUGCAUGACAUCAAGACAUGUCCGAAGUCAAGCGGAGGAAAGCAAACAUAUCCAAGCCAAACGAAGAUGAACAAAAGAAACAAGUUUUCAAGAGUACCAAAUCCACAAGGAUGGAUCUGCAAACAGUUUCAAGUUUGUUAUCUCUUGUUGCCAUUCUAGGGCUAUCAUGGUUUCUUUUUCAACAGUCUGUUCAGCUGGCUGCUGUAGAAAAGAAAUAUCACAUAUUAAAGGAGGAAGCUGUAAAGUUUCAAGAUAUGGAAAAUAAAAUUAACACAAUCUCUGAAAAGUUUGCAUCUUCGAGUGUCCUGCAGGAGGUUGCUUCAUAUGUUUCCAUGAUAACCAAUUUUGAGCAAGAAUUGUCUACCCUUCAUAACUUCAUAGAGUAUAUUGAAAAUAGUCAACAGACACGUUCUAAAAAGUUUCAGACUAUUAGCAAAACCUUUCAAAAGGUGGUAGACUCCUGGAAGACGAGCACAUCUGAGAUGGAUACAAAUACCAGCAACAUAAGAUUGGAUACCAAGGUUUUACAUAGUGAAAUAAUUUCUCAGAUCAAUACAAUGGAUCAGGGACUGAAAAAACUUUCUGAAAGACUGAAAGAUCUAGAAGACAGUACAAUAGUGAAUCUUAAAACAUUAAAUAGGCAAGAGGAAAAUGAACUGCAAAGGAUUGAACAGCAGCUACAGUUGGAUAAAAACACAGCUGAAUUAUUAAAAGAAGAGCACGACAGUAUUUUGGCCAGAAGUAAUGAUCUGUACCAGAAACUUGUAUUUUCUGAACACAAACUGCAGGAAUGCAAGACUUACUUACCAAUAAUUGAAAAUGCUAUUUAUUCCAUUCUUAGACUAUCAAGUGAGCUUGUUGCCGCAGAGAUAAAAAAAGAAGACAUGAUCACAAAGGUAAUCAGUAUAGAAAAUGAAAUAAUGAAAGCUACUACUGAAAUAACGAACAUACAGAACAGUCUUGAAGACAUACAAUCUGAAGGUAGCUGAAUAAAAAAUGAAAAAGCAUCUUAAUACCAUAGAAUCAACCAUUAAUAUUACAAACAAAGCUUAAAGAUUCUGCAGAAGUAGAACAAGUCUACCAUAGUGUGAACAGUAUUGAUAUCAGCAGCUGUAUAAUUUUAACAUUUCUUUGGCCGUCAUUUUUUUUGGAAACAUAUACAAAGAAAAUAAAUAUUAGAAGAUUCAUUAAAAUUGUUAAAAUUCAUACUGGAAACAUUUAUUUAUUUAAAAACACAUUGCAAAUAAUUUGGUGAUUAUUAAGUUCAUUAUUUUGGUUAUAUGUUAGAGUCAGUUUUGAUCACAAAGAUCUUCAGGAUGAUUUGUUGUGAACCUGAUUCUUCAGGACUUCCAAUUCCCACUGUAAUCAAGCUCUUGCUGCAGGUUGGCCUUCCUCCUAUCUCAGUGUUACAGGUUUCUUAAGAGAUAUAGAUCAUUGCAUGGAAGUAUCUAAUAGCUGAUAAUUUCAGUAUGGUUAUUUGUGCCUCAAAUGAGAGCUCUCUAUUGUAGAGAUUUUGUGUAUGAUCCAUUUGUUUUCCUCACUAUCCAUUGCAAUUCUCAGGAGUCUAAUCUGACAUCAAAAUUCAAAAGCAUCAGUACUGAUUCUAAACACUUCAAAUCCAGCUUUUGUUUCCCUAGAACAGGGGAAAAAAUUACCUGCAUGAUACAACCUGGCAUUUGAGUAUCUUUCCUUGGCCUUCAUUGCUGCCUUAUCAAGUACUACAAUAGUGUAUGUGUGUGUAAAUAAAA